AUGCCGAAAAAAUGCUUUGUUUAUGGUUGUUCAAGUGGUUACAGGCAAAGUGAAAAAGUGCCUAUGUUUAAAGUUCCUAAAGAUGACACUUUAUUCAUCAAAUGGAAAAAAGCUGCUAAACGAGGCAGAUCUGACAAGACGCUUUCCAAGAAUGAUCACAUUUGCUCAAAACAUUUCCUAGAGCAGGACAUAGUUAAAGGGGAGACUGACUUCAACGGUGUAUAUACACCAAGAAAAAAAUGGUGGCUAACAAAAGGAGCAAUUCCUGUACUAGGAAAAGAUUCAAGUAACCUGAGAAAUAGUCGUAUGGCUAAGAAUGUUACCAGCGACAUGAAGCCAGAAAGUCACACUGGUCAGGAUAUCAUUGACAUGCAGGAUGUUUCACACGGUAGCUAUAAUGUAACAGCAAAUGUGCAAACUGUAUCACAUAAUGACUUGGAAACAACAGUUAACUUGCAGGGUGAAUCAUCUAAUAAUGGCACUGCCAGUGACACCAACGAAGACCCAGCAAAUGUGCAAGCUGUUAAUAACUUGGAAACAACAGUUAACUUGCAGGGUGAAUCAUCUAAUUAUGGCACUGCCAGUGACACCAACGAAGACCCAGCAAAUGUGCAAGCUGUUAAUGACUUGGAAGUCACAGUUUACAUGCAGCGUGAAUCAUCUAAUAACAAUGGCACUGCCAGUGACACCAAAGAAGACCCAGAAAAUGUUAAACAAAAUUCAUUGCAAGAAUCUAUUGACGGUCUAAUCUUAGAUCCAACUGAGGCCAAAACACCUAAUGCAUCUUGGUGCUGGCUACCUGCCGAAGUGGAAGCUUUUGGCAAAGAGAGACGAGAAAGUUAUACUAGAACCUGUGUAAAGUUUACAAAGGUUGACGAUAAAGUAGUUUACUCAAAAUCCGUAACCGUAAUACGAAAUGAGUUGUUCUACCGUUCGAAGGGUGUACUAGUGAGACCGAAUUUCUUACCAGAAAGUUUCGUGUGCAUUUUAGAUUUAGAAGAUGCUAUGGAUCGGUUUGAUUCGUCUUCACUAUGUCUUGGCUGUGACCCAAAGUUUGGUGAGCAACUGGCGACAAUGAAAAGUGUCACUCAGGGGAAAUUUAAUUGGCGAUCCAAGAGAUGCCUAAAAGUUCUCGAGCGAGGCUCGACAUGUCAUUUUGUCGGCAUCUGA